UGCUAGCGGACUGUUAGCCUGCCGGAGCCCGCGGGUUUUUUGGCAGGAAGUAGCCCGAUAGCUAAACCGAGGAACGGCGCCAUGCGAUUCUGCAGCCGUGGUGAUGCUGCAGUUUUUAACGUUGCGAUAAACGCUGAAAUAAAACGCAUCCGCCGGCUUGCAGCCUUCGAGUAGAGGUGCACGGUGCCCGCCAGUGUGCUGCCGGCCAGGUUCAGAGCAGCUACAAAAAUACUGCAGUGUGGGAUGUUUCUGGAGUUUGCAUACAUGCAGGCAGCUAAAUGCGAGGAUUUUGCAUGCAUUAAAAGGGAUGCGGAAACAUCCCAUGCAGAACAUGCCCCAUUAAUGGUUUUAGGGGUAAUUAUCUUACGAACGCGUGUGAAUGAUUGUUUAUAUGAUUAUAUAUAGAUGAUGGAGGAAAGGCCAACACAGACGUUUUUUGCAGUGACCAGGAGACACUCAAGGAUACAGUUUAUACAAAAUGAUUAAAUGAUCUCUUUGGGUGAUCUAGUUUAGGUUCAGAUCGAUAAUAAGCUGUGGAAAGUCCAACGUGUUAUUUGGGGAAAUAUCUUGAAAACGUAUAAGCCUAGUGAGAUCUGUCGUGAUUAAGGACCUUACCAGAAAACUCAGUGUUAUGAAUCUAAAGUUUUAGGUGGGGCAAAAAGUCAGCUGAAUCGCUCCAGUAAAUUUCCUUGUUGUAUAAAUGGUUAAAAUGGAAUUACUCUGUGCAGAACUAUGUUAGUUUCCCCUCUAUUAGACAGUCUAAACAUGAUAAUAUGAGGGAAUGAGUCUUGCUUAUACAUGCGUAUUGACAUACGCUUAAUGUUGCACUGGUGUUUCUUUGUUCUUUCCUUGGUUUAGGUGUCAUGUGUCACUUUAAUUUCAAUGCAGUUUGAGCUGUUUUUGUUUGCAGUGUCCUGCUUUCCCCUGAGCCCGUUCCAGUGCUGUUACUUAAGUAGACUUUCGAGAUUCCGCCGCUUCUUUCUUUGCGCGUAGAAUAAGCCGUUCGGAGAUACCCGUGCUUUUGUGAGCCUGAGUCUGUGUGUGUCCGUGUACAUUCACUCCACGCAUAUUAUGCAGACGGAUCCCACUAUAUUUAUUGUGUUUGGGUGUCUCUGGCUUCUCGUGCUGCUCUCUGCACGUGUUGUUUUAACAAUAGCCUCGUGCCUGAUCCCUGCGGACCACCUACCCUUCUGCUUCUGUCGCAGGGCACACAUGGUGGUCAGACAGGUGGCGACAGUUUCAGGAGGCUGCAUUCCAUCUCCUAACAGUCUGCCCCACAGAAAUGCGUCUCUCUGUAUUUGUCCUAUUCUGUCUAUCACCCUCAUGCAUUAAUGCUUUAUUCUGUCGUUUAGUUUGCUGUUUUGUAAUCCUGAAGGUUGAAUGGCGCUAGCACAUGGCGAUUUUGUAGUGUGUGUCAGAAAAUUACUCCAUGUUUAGGCUGGGAAUGCUUCCAGAUUUUAAUGGAUAUGAUUUUACCCACAGUGCAGUUGUAGACUUAAUAAACUUGUUUGUCAUUAUAAUAUAUUAAAAACCCUAUAAUAAAUUUUACUUUUAGAAUAUGGAACUUGCAUUCACAGCUUUUGAUUCUUUCACCUAUGAAUGCAUGAGGAUGUACCCUUUGUAAAUUACUUAUGCAAAGACGUGUCCACAUCCAACACUUCACUGAGGGCAUGACAAGAUGGUGAAGAAUUCACACUUAGUUUUGGAAGGCUUAUAUUCAAAAUGUUGCACCAUGCCUCCCUGCCAUGUCGGUGUCAUGUUAUACUAACUGACUUCAGCCUUGUUAUAUUUGAAAGUCGUCUGUUAUGGGUUGCAGAGAUGGUUGAAAUGUUUUGGACGGCCAGAAGAUUGAUGUUGCAUAACUGCAGUGCAUUUGGUCACACAUAAUAUAUCCCACAGAAAACUUUGCAGGCACGACUGAAGCAUGUUUGGGGACUGAAGCUGUGGUUGCUUCAUAAGGAUGUUUCAUGGCACAAUUGGUUAAAUUUUUAAUUUGACUUGCAGGAGGCAGACCACUUGACAUUAACGCGGCAUUAUUGCCAGUGAAUGUUUCAGCAAAGAGGGUCGAUUUCUAUGUUAGUUAAUGAAUGCAUAUUUUACUCAAGAAUAUUGUAAGCACAGAGGUGGUCUCAUAUAAUUUAAUUCAACUCACCUGCUGAAUAACAGUGAAUGACACAGCUGUCAAACCAUAAAUUAUUUAUUUCUACAAAUGAAUAAUUUAACAUUAAAAUGUUUCUUCUCCAAGCGCUAACUGGGAGGAACAUAAAGAGAGCACACUCAUAAUUAAAUCCCACACUGGUAAUUAAAUCCCAAAACAAUGUUGUAUUAUAGCCUCGUGUUGUUUUCAAUCAGACUGAGCUGAGUUACUGUAACCUCUGUCCAUGCUUGAACACCCUCUGUGAUCUUGUGAGCUUGUUUGCAGAUGUGAGCACAUUUGUUUGUAGCUAGGUUAUUGUUGGGAUCUUCCAUUAUGUGAAUGUGAGGGGGAGAUGGGGGGGUUUAGCAGCUUAUCCCUUUGGUUUGCCCAAAGGAGUGAGAUGGUCCUGUGGUCUUGCUUUAAAAAGAGCACCUGAUCAGAUUCUUAUUUUGUAUAUUUGCUGGAGAUGGGCCCACGUGUGAGACUCGAUUUCUGCGCACAGCUCUCACAGAACCUCCUGAAAGUGAGGGUGGAUUAGCCUAAUCCUGUGAUGAGUCUGCAUACAUAUUACCCCACAGUGCAGAGCCAAACAGUGCAGCAUUUCCUCUGUGGCCUCAAUGUCCAGUCAGAGGCAGGUGACCUUGUCUCUUCGCUGUGUUUUGUAGCUCCCUGUGAAGAUGGCGGAUGUGUCCUUUAGCUCAAAAAUACAUCUAAGGAACUUUUGUGACACUCCAGCCUACUUACAUUUUGCAGCUAAAAAUUGUCUUUAGUGUAGGUUUUUUAAUCCUAAAACACUUUGUGAUGUUUGUGUUGUCACGCGCUUCUGUUAUAGCCGUAUGUUCUGUAAAAUGUUAUCCGUCCAUCUAUCCAUCCAUCUGUUUUUGAUGGCCACUUGUCCAGUAGAGGGUUGUGGUGAAUCCAUGCUGAACUGGUGGGGAUUUUUUGUAACGGAAUAGAACCAUGUGACUGGGUUUUCUGUGGAAGCAAAAUAAUUACAAGAAAGACUGUAUUAGCAUUAAUGAAUGCAUAAUAACCUUCAUUGAGAAAUGGUCUACGAAACCCAAGUUAUAGGCCGUGAAAUAUAUUUUUUAAAUAUAUUUUUUGAAUAAAUUUAGAAUAUGAAAUAUGUGAUGGAAACGGGGUGCAUUUUCUGUUAGUAUUUCACCAUUCUUAAUUUAGUGCCAGGAGUAAAUGAAUUUAUCCUUACUGAUGUGCAGAACUUAAAAUAGAAGGGUCUGGUUCAAGCAGAUAAAUUUAAGGUGAAAAUAUAGCGUACCAUAAUUUCAUCGGAAAAAUAGUCACAGGGCAGGAGUAGCGGAGGCAUGUGCUAAAGAGGCUAAUCGUCACGAGUGUCAUUUUUAUUGUCAUGCUGAUAAGUCUGAUUGCCUGGGGAAUGACCCACUUAACUCCCGGCAUUUCCUGUCCGUGACAUCGCAGUCGGCGUCUCUGCUGCCGGGACUAUCGGUUACACCACAGGACGUGCGAUCCGGCAUGCAAAUCCGACCCCAAAUAGAUCUUGGAUGAGUUGAUAGUGCCGUGAGAACAGGUGCCACAAAUAGCAGAGCGCUAGUAGCUAAACAAAGGCUGGUAGCCAGUGGGGUGGCUGUCUUACUGAGUGUGUGUUUUGUAAUACCAAUAGUAAAGGCAGCUGACAAGGAAAAGCCUGCGUAUUAUCUGUUGUUUUGAUAGAAAUGAAGGCAAUGCUAGUCACAUUUGUCUUUCCCAAAAUUCAUUGCUUUUGUUACAUGUUGGCUGUCAUUUUCUGGGCUGAGAAUCUCGUUUCAGCAUGGUAGAUGCUGAUGAGUAGAUGUUUGAGUGAUGUGGGGCAAUGCGAAACGCUCUGCUCUGCAGGUUUUAGGGGCAGGAUUUACAUCUUUACAUUUUAAUUUACGUACCAUAUGCUUUUAUCCAAAGGGAUGUACAUUUUUUUGAGCCAGGAGGGUCUAUUUCAGGAGCGACUGAGGUUUAAGGGACUUACUCAAGAGCCCAAUGGUGGAAUAAACUACACAUCCUGGGAUUUGAGGAUUCAUGCAGGAUUCAUGGCUUGAAAAGAGAGUACCGGCCCCAAGCAGCUGUGUGUGUUAAUUUGACUUGUCUGUGAAGCGUUCCAGCUGUGAAGUGGAAAUCAGACGGUGCAGCGCUCCAGUGCGUAUGAUGACCUUAGACACUCAUCCGUUUUUGAAAAUCAUGGUGCCCAAGCAUCAAUUCACACUGUGAGGGAGAGAAAUAACAGCUUUGGCUGGUCGAAGUUCAUCUCCCCAGCCAAGUAAUGCCUCCUGACAUUUUCCACUUGUGCACCAUCCUUACUGAAAGAGGUGUCUCUUAUAAUGAGAGCGCUCUGCACUGCUGGGCGGAGCAGAUAUUGCCAAAAAGCUAUUUUUUAGGGCAUGAGGAUGAAAUUACCCAUCCUAUCCCUGUCUCAGUCCUGUGGAACAUAUUUAUCUGUCCUGGAUGAAGUCUCGCUUCCCCAGGAAAUCAGUAAGACUCCACGCGGAGGAUCUGUGGCACGUUGCGGUGGUUUGAGAGCACAAGCCGCGUGUGGCCCACAGCAGGCCGUUCGGGCGCCUUCUCCCGUUCGCUUUACAUUCCUGCCCCCUGAGCUGAGGAUUCUCACUUAGGCUUUUCAUUUAUCACUAUAAAGCUUUGUUUUUCUCAGAAUGGUUUGUGGCAUUUCAUCCUGCCUGAUGAAAAGCCAUUUUUCUAUAAAUUGUGAAUGUCUGUAAACCUGCUCUUUCGGCCUUGUUCACUCAUGUUUUUUGUUGGCGUUGGAAUUUCGAAAUGUCCGGCGAGGAUUAUCUUUGGUCUGUUUUGUGAUGAGGGAGGUUUUGGACUUUAGACCCAUGUGUCAAUAUUGGCCCAAAUCGGACCAGGCGCCAGUAUCACUGCUGGUGGGUGGUGGCAUUGCAGACACUGGUAUAAACAGGCAGGCUUUCACUGUAAGCACCCAGCCUAUCCAUUACACUUUACGGUAGCUCAUGUGAUGGUAUCCCCUAGCAGUAUAGCAUAGGGAUCUAUGCCCUGUCUGCUGGGGGCUGUGUCUGAGAGUGGAAGGUCGUUGGUUCUAAUCCCAAGGUAUGCAGAGUGAUUAGACUGUUGGGCCCUUGAUUGAGGCCCUUAACUCUGAAUAGCUCCAGGGACUCCAGGUCUGAUCCUGCUUUCUCUCAAAAAUGUAUGUCACUGGAUAAAAUUGACCGCUAAAUAAAUACAUUGAGAGAACGUCAUGGCGGACGCCCAUGGGCAAAGGUCGGGGGGCCUGUCUCGGCUCUGGAGCCGCCGGCUGUGAGCGCUCCGCCUCAGGGAGUAUGUUCUGGGGCUGAGGCCGUUUCCUCGGGGCCUUUCUUUAAUCUGGUCUCCAUUCAGCUGACUUGAUUGAAUUCCAAGCUGUCGACGGGGGAGGGGGCCUGGCUGGCCUGCCCGACCCGCGGCAGACAUGUCUGUGGGCGAGACGGAUGCGGACCACCCUCGCUUCUUCGUCGGGUGCGACGAUGGCGAGGGCGACGAACUACUGGACCCGGGGAGGCUCGUGGGAUACGACUGCUUGUACGAGAACGAGGAGGAGGACGAGGAUGAGGAGUACGACUCGCCCCCGGAGAGGCAGAUCGUGGUGGGCAUCUGCGCCAUGUCCAAGAAAUCCAAGUCGAAGCCCAUGAAGGAGAUCCUGGAGAGACUGUGCCUCUUCAAAUACAUCACUGUGGUGAUCUUCGAGGAGGAUGUCAUCCUGAACGAGCCGGUGGAGAAUUGGCCGCUCUGCGACUGCCUCAUCUCCUUCCACUCCAAAGGGUUUCCAUUAGACAAAGCUGUGGCCUAUGAAAAUCUCAGAAACCCAUUUGUCAUCAAUGAUCUGGAUCUUCAGUACUGCAUCCAGGACAGGAGAGAGGUGUAUUGCAUCCUGAAGGCGGAGGGCAUCCAGCUUCCACGAUACGCCGUCCUGAAUCGAGACCCCGCCAGGCCAGAGGAAUGCAGCCUGGUGGAAGGAGAGGACCACGUGGAGGUGAACGGGGAGGUCUUCCAGAAGCCGUUCGUAGAGAAGCCAGUUAGUGCUGAGGACCACAAUGUUUACAUCUACUACCCCACGUCGGCGGGCGGAGGCAGCCAGAGACUCUUUCGCAAGAUUGGCAGCAGGAGCAGCGUGUACUCUCCGGAGAGUAACGUCCGCAAAACUGGAUCCUACAUAUACGAAGAAUUCAUGCCAACAGAUGGAACCGAUGUCAAGGUGUACACAGUGGGCCCAGACUACGCCCACGCGGAGGCCCGUAAGUCCCCGGCCCUGGACGGCAAGGUGGAGCGGGACAGCGAGGGCAAAGAGGUGCGCUACCCGGUCAUCCUCAAUGCCAGGGAGAAGCUCAUCGCCUGGAAGGUCUGCCAAGCCUUUAAGCAAACUGUUUGUGGUUUCGAUCUACUCCGAGCCAACGGCCAGUCGUACGUGUGCGACGUCAACGGGUUCAGCUUUGUGAAAAACUCCAUGAAAUAUUAUGAUGACUGUGCCAAAAUCCUGGGGAACAUCAUCAUGAGGGAGCUGGCUCCUCAGUUUCACAUUCCCUGGUCCAUACCUUUGGAAGCUGAGGAUAUUCCCAUUGUUCCCACCACAUCCGGUACCAUGAUGGAGUUGCGAUGUGUCAUUGCUGUCAUUCGUCACGGUGACCGAACACCCAAGCAGAAGAUGAAGAUGGAGGUUCGCCAUCAGAGGUUUUUUGAUCUGUUUGAAAAAUGCGAUGGGUACAAAACUGGAAAACUGAAACUGAAGAAACCAAAACAGCUUCAGGAAGUUCUCGACAUCGCGAGGCAGCUGCUCGCCGAGCUCGGCCAGAACAACGACUCAGAAAUCGAAGAAAGCAAAGCGAAGCUGGAGCAGCUGAAAACUGUGCUGGAAAUGUACGGACAUUUCUCCGGCAUAAACCGUAAGGUGCAGCUAACGUACCUGCCGCACGGGUGCCCGAAAACGUCAAGCGAAGAAGAGGAUGUCCGCCGUGAUGACCCCUCCCUGCUCCUAGUGCUGAAGUGGGGAGGGGAGCUGACCCCCGCUGGCAGAGUUCAGGCCGAGGAGCUGGGCCGCGCUUUCCGCUGCAUGUAUCCCGGAGGACAAGGGGACUACGCCGGGUUCCCUGGGUGUGGCCUGCUCCGUUUGCACAGCACUUACCGCCAUGACCUGAAGAUUUACGCAUCCGACGAGGGCAGGGUGCAGAUGACUGCUGCAGCCUUUGCCAAGGGCCUGCUGGCGCUCGAGGGCGAGCUCACGCCCAUCCUGGUGCAGAUGGUGAAGAGCGCCAACAUGAACGGCCUGCUGGACAGUGACAGCGACUCGCUGAGUAGCUGCCAGCAGCGUGUUAAGGCCCGGCUGCAUGAGAUCCUGCAGAGGGACCGGGACUUCACAGCCGAGGACUACGACAAGCUCGCCCCGACGAGCAGUGUGUCCCUGGUGAAGUCCAUGCAGAUGAUCAAGAACCCCGUGAAAACCUGCGACAAGGUCUACUCCCUCAUCCAGAGCUUGACGCUGCAGAUCCGGCAGAGGAUGGAAGACCCCAAGUCGGCGGAUAUCCAGCUAUACCACAGUGAGACACUGGAGCUCAUGCUUCGGCGCUGGGCCAAACUGGAGAAGGACUUCAAGAUGAAGAACGGCAGAUACAACAUCAGCAAGAUUCCCGACAUUUACGACUGCAUUAAAUACGACGUACAGCACAACAGCUCUCUGAAACUGGACAACACCAUGGAGAUUUAUCGUCUCUCCAAGGCCCUCGCUGACAUCGUCAUCCCACAGGAAUAUGGAAUAUCGCAGCCAGAGAAGCUCGACAUUGCCAAGGGCUACUGCACCCCCCUGAUCCGGAAGAUCCGGUCCGACCUCCAGAGGACGCAGGAUGAUGAUACUGUCAACAAACUUCACCCUGUGUACUCCAGGGGAGUGAUGUCUCCGGAACGCCAUGUCCGAACCCGAUUGUACUUCACGAGCGAAAGUCACGUGCACUCGCUGCUGUCCAUCCUGAGAUAUGGGGCACUCUGUGAUGAGACAAAAGAUGAGCAGUGGAAGAGGGCAAUGGACUACCUGAAAGUUGUUAGUGAGCUGAACUACAUGACGCAGAUCGUAAUCAUGCUGUAUGAGGACCCAAACAAGGACCCUUCGUCAGAGGAGCGAUUCCACGUCGAGCUGCAUUUCAGCCCAGGGGCCAAAGGCUGCGAAGACGACAAAAAUCUGCCAUCGGGAUUCGGCUACAGACCAGCGUCUCGAGAGAACGAGGGCUCGAAGAAGAAAUCCCAGAACGACAGCGACGAGGAAUCCAGCGCGGUCAAGCGGGACGAGCCGGACCGCGCCCUCAUGAUGUUCCGGCCCCUGGUUUCCGAUCCCAUCUACAUCCACCGGAAAUCUCCUCUGCCUCGCUCCAAAAAGAUCGGCUCUGUGGAGUCCCCGUUGCAGACGGACUUUAACAAGAGCCCAGCCAGCAAAGAAGAGAGCCCCCUGAGUGUGUCUAGCCCUGACUCUAUUGGUACCUGGAUUCAUUACACCUGUGGUGUUGGUACAGGGCGGCGAAGACGCAGAUCAGGGGAGCAAAAGCCUUCCUCCCCUGUCUCCCCCAAAUCACUGGCUUUCACAUCCAGUAUUUUUGGCUCAUGGCAACAGGUCCUUUCGGAGAGCAGCGGCCACACUCGUUCAGGCAGGCUGCAUCCGGAGCACAAGCUCGCAGGUGGGAUAGGGUCACAUUGCGCUGGGCUGUUUAGCACCAUGGUGCUCGGGGGCUCCUCCAGUGCACCUAACCUACAGGAUUAUGCUCGUGCGCACCGUAAAAAGCUGACUUCCGCUGCCUUCCUAGAUGAGGCCACGCGUGGUUCUGCUGUAAAAAGGUUUUCUAUCUCAUUUGCUCGACACCCAACCAAUGGUUUUGAGUUAUACUCCAUGGUCCCGUCAAUUUGCCCCCUGGAGACGCUUCACAACUCGCUCUCGCUGAAGCAGGUCGAUGACUUCCUGGCGUCUAUCGCCAUGUCCCAGGAAUGCAACAUGGUGACGCCCACAUCCUCGCCUGCUUCUGCAUUAAUCUGUGGUGCUGGUCCGGUAAGGAAUGUCCCAUUGAACACAUAUACUCCAGCAAGGGUUCUGCCUUGUCCUUACACUCAUGCUUCAAGUGUGAAGAGAUCUUUGGAAAGGGAGGCAACUGAUGCAGGCAGUGGAUCCCCCAGCAGAGCGCCUGGGAGCGGUUCUACUGACAACUCACCCCAUGGUCCAGUGGGAGACCGAGCUGUACAUCAGUAUUCAACCCGGCAAACUCCAAGAGACAGAGAUGUACAGCAAUGUGUCAGUGAUACCAUGGCCAAUAAGACCCUCCUACAAGAUUCCACAUCUCAUGCUCUGGCCAAUAAGAUUCCCCUACAAGAUUCAAUGCCUCGUGCUCUGGCCAAUAAGAUUCCCCUGCAAGAUUCAAUGCCUCGUGCUCUGGCCAAUAAGAUUCCCCUUCAAGAUUCAAUGCCUUGUGCUCUGGCCAAUAAGAUUCCCUUGCAAGAUUCAGAGCCUCGUGCUCUGGCCAAUAAGAUUCCCUUGCAAGAUUCAAUGCCUCAUGCUCUGGCAAAUAUGACUCCCCUGCAAGAUGCAACCCAUCACAGCCUGGCUAAUAAGACCCUAUUGCAAACAUCAAUCUAUGAUACAGUGGGAAAUCAAAUGCUCCUGCAAGAUUCAAAUGUUUAUACCCUGGACAGUAAGAACCCACUGCAAGAUUCAAUCACACACACCCUCGGGGAUAAGACCCCAUUGCAAUCCUCAGUCUAUCACAACUUGGGCAGUCAGAUGCCAUUGCAACCCUCAACCCAUGAUACCUUGAACAAUCAGAGUCCUCUGCAGGAUUCAACCCCUCAUACCCUGGGCAUAAAGACCACAUUGCAACCCUCACCCCAUGAGAGCUUGUGUAAUAAGACUUUCCUACAGCAUUCACCCCAUGAUACAUCAGGUAAUAAGUUUACCCUACUGCCUUCAGUCCAUGACAUUAUGGGUAAUAAGGCCAUUCUGCAACCCACAGCCCAAGGUGCCCCAGGUAUUAAGAUGCAAUCCUUAGGUCGAAGUACCACAGCCACGCCCCAUGAUAUGUCUGUUGAUAAAGUAGCCUCACAAGAUUCAAGUCAAGACAGCCCUGGAGGCAGAAGUUCCCAGCAAGUCUUGCCCCGUGGCAUGCUAGCUGUAAAAGUGCUCUCGAAGGACCGGCCAGAUGCUGCCAGUGGGGAUGGGGAUGGGGAUGGGGAUGCUGCUCGGGACCAUUCUUCUCUUGCUUCUCAGAAGGACAAAGGACCCCUACACUCAGACACUAAGACACAGGAGUCCCACAGGGCCCAGAGUAAACAGCCAUGAAAUGACAGUUGGCAUGGAAAUGCUAUAUGCCAUCUCUGUUCAAUUUUUUUUUAUCGUUUAUGUAACAACGCAGUAUAUUAUUAACAGAACUUUUGUGAAUUUGUUCUUUUAGAAUUUAGAUGAACAUGGAUUCAAGGUAAAAUCUGUGGCAUUUUAUUGGGACAGAGACCAAAGGACAAUGUUACAGUGUUUGUGGUUUGUAGGUACUUAAAACUGGAACUGGACAGUCAUUCACACAUUUGGUAUUUCACAACUGCUUCAUAUAAUCGGCAAAAAGUCCUUUGUCAAAAUUCUAAUUUUGUACAUAUAAACUUUCAAAAAAAAAAAAUACAUGAAAUGUUAAAUGUUCUAGAUGGUACCUGGGAAACAUGACUCACUGCUUUCCAUUACAUAGAUCUCACAUUAUGGUGUUCUGGAAAAGGUGCAAGUCAGUAAAAGUAAAAACGUCCAUUACAAAAGAACAUUUAAUCUAAUGUCUUUCAGUGUCCCUGUUCAGCGAAAUGCCUGCCAUGCUGUAUAUAUGACACCAGACCUGCUGAGUGAAAUGCAAUUUAGUGGGAUUAUGACCGUGAAUCUGAGGGCAAUGUACAGUGAAAUGUGUGGGCCAUCAAUAGAAACCCAAACAUUGUUCUUUAGUUUUUUUUUUUGGAAGACAAAGCUAUAUACAUAUGAAGCUCUGUAAAGUAUAAAAUAUACUAUUUUUAAUACUACCCUCUGGUUUUACUUUGUUGCUCAAUGAUUUGAAAUCAGAGAUGCCUUUUGAUUUUGCCUUGUUUCAUUUUUUUCUUCUUAAUCAGAUUGUUGUAUAAGUCUAUGUAUAUAAUGCAUUAAACACCAAUAUUUUUGUUGCAUAUAUAUUUUAAAACUGGAAUUUGCAAGUAAGUCGUAUUAAAUUCAUUUGAAUUCUCAUUUACGAUGGUAUGUUCCACAUUGUAAAAUGUUGAGUAAGCCAUGUGCAGUUGCAUUUUUAAAGCAAUGUAACAUUAGUUUACAAUAUUAAAAAAUAAAAUGCAAGAAUUGUAUCAGUAAGUCAAAUAUGUUUGGUAGGAGAUGUUUUAAACACUUCUCCGUGUUACCGCUACAUUUAAAUACCGUUUAAAGUGGGUCUUGUUUUUGUUUCUAGUGAUUAUUUUCGUAUUUUAUUUUUAAAUAAAGCUGUUAAUCACAA